CUCCCGGACGCAUUGCUUCUCCUCUCCCCUUUCCCUCUGGGCCGGGGCUUCCGGCGCGCGGAGCCGCCCCCCUUCCCUGGAGCCGCAGGACCGGGAACCGGAGAGUCAAGCCCACCGGCGAGCCGCUCACCCUUCCGGGUUAGCUUUGUCCCCCUGACAGGGCCUUGAUAAAACAAAUAUGUUUCCUCUCGUACAACGAUGCUGCUUCCACACACCUUUCAAACUCCAGAAGUUAAUUGGUCCCAGACUACUACUGUAUGGAAAGAAUAAGACAACUUGCUCUUCUCUCGGCCUCCGUCUGCAGAGAGACGUGUGUCUUCUCUCAAGAUCUCCAAGCCUCAACCCAGCCUCAGUAUAUGCAACCAAGCUCCAGGCUUUUCACACCUCUCUCUCCUUCUUCAAGAAGAAAACCCCCAAGGAAUCUGAGACGAAAGACUCGGGCACAUUGCAACAAAGCAUGAAAUCACUAAAGGAUUCUCCAAAGCCAGCCCUUUACUUAAGCCUUGCAGGGCUAAUUCCAUUUGUUUUUGUGCCGCUGUCAAUGGCCGUCCAAGGGACCUACUACCCAGAGCUGGCGUUUGCUCAGAUUACAUAUGGUGCCGUAACACUCUCUUUCCUAGGAGGAAUGAGGUGGGGGUUUGCUCUCCCGGAAAACAGCCCGGCCAAGCCAGACUGGCUGAACCUGGCUAACAGUACAGUUCCUCCUGUACUUGCCUGGCAAGCCUUACUUUUUAAAGAUACCACUCAUGGUGCAAUAAUGCUAGUAAUGGCCUUAGGGAUAGCACUACAUUAUGACGUUUCCCUCCUUCCUACUUACCCUAGGUGGUUUAAAGUACUGAGGGUAGCGGGAACAGUGGUGAUGGUAUUAUCGCUAUUGGCUACUGCAGCGUUGAAGGCUGUUUCGGAGGAGCAGCUAAGUGACAGCAGAAAUAAAUGGCAGAACACAAAAUAGUAAAUCAAUAGCAAAAAGCUAUUUAUCUGCCAAUGAGGUAUGCGUAUUGAGUUCCAGGGGAAAUAAAGACUUACUUGUGCUUUUAAGUCAUAAGAUGGCAGUGAUCAAGAUGCUUAUUCUCAAAGUAAACAACUUAGCAAGUUUAAUAGGGAAGGAUUGUAAAUACCAUUGGCUUCCAAGGCAGGCAUGACUCUGUCCUUAUCUGUAGAAGAAAGUAUCACUCUUGAAUGAGGUGUUACUGUCAUAUGAAUUUAAAAUGGAGAUUCAAAUGACAUGGGUAUGAAUUGCUCUAUGCUGAAUUAUUAAAGUAUCUGGUUUAACUAUAAUGCGUGACAAUGUUCUGUGGUGGGGAGAACAACCGUGUAGUCAUAAACAGUAACAAGGUGAGAGCAGUUCUUCUAGUUUAGUGUUUAGAGAAGCAGCAGAGAAUUAUGUAAAAGUACAUACAUGUUCAAUUCCUAUGUUGUGGAAAUGCAAAAAAAGAUAAAACUCUUCUCUGUCUUAUUUCAACUGAGAAGAUGCUGAGAAUGCUAUGAUGUGAUUAAGUGCUAGUCAGGUAAGAAUGGAUAGAUAGGCAAGGUUUGUUUGCAGUGGCAAAACCAAGGUCAGCGCUCACCUAAAAUAUGUCACCCAGCUGCUGCGAUGGAGUGGGGAAAGCUGGAAGGGGAAGCUUUGCAUCCUCGACAAGGUGCCGUAAGAGACAGAAGGUUAGCUUCCUACUCAGGCUUACUUAAAUAAAGAGAGAUACCUUGGCAAUCUGUUCCUAGGUUUUGUUUGGACUUAGGGCUGCCUAGCCAAGGAAGCUGCAUGCAACAUAGCCAUAAAGAUCUGUCAUACUCCUAAAUUAAAGUACUAUCAAACGAUUAUAUGACACAAGGACUCCAUCGCUGGCACUAGGGGAUCAGAUAAUGGGAUUGAAAGUAGUUUGUGUCUUCUCCCUCCUUAAAACUCGUUUUAUUUGAGCACCCGGGGCAGGUACAAAUGGACUUGUAGCCUGCAAACCCUCCAUGAUGGGCCAAUUAUUGAAAAUACUGCAGGAGCAUAUGCUCUUUGUACUUAAGUCUUCGUAACACAUCAUUUAGGGGAAGAAGAUACAACGUAAGUCACAUAGAUUUUUCUUUUCAGCUACCUCAAGAAACCUACGAAAUUAUUAUGUGGGCAUAUUCACUAUAGGCUUUUAAGUAUUUUUUAAGUACAGUAUAAGAUGCAAGAAGAAAGCUGAAAAGGGACAUCCACACACAUUCUUAGGACUGAUUUAGAUAAUCCUCAUAGUUCUCUUACAGCACUGUUCUUCAUUGUUGUACUAUACAGAAUAAAGCAUGUACUGUCACUUAAAAUUUGUUCUUUCUGCAAAGAACAGGUGGAAACCUGCCUAUCCUGAAGAUAGAGCCAUCAUCUUGUAUAUUGCUGAAACAGAGGAGCCUCUAACUUUCGUAACCUGUUAACCUUUACAUGUUAACAGCAUCAUACAUCUGAAACGACGAUGUAUUUCAGUGCUCUCUGAAUAAAGUAAAAUUGAGUUUGUAAA